CUGGUAACAAGUGGAGGACAGACAAGCAAACAGACGAAUGAGUGUCCUUUUUGGAAGAACUCUGAAUUGUGAAACAAAAAUACUUGGAUUGAAUCGCUGCAGCCUGAGUGAACCUGUUCCAGGAUAAUAAUAAUAAUAAUAAUAAAAAAGAAAAACUUUACAGAUUCAUGAUGGAGCUUGUGCAGAAAACCAAGUACACCCACAUUCGGAGUGAGUCUCUGAGCUCAACUGAUGAAACCAACUCCAAUCCUUCACCAUUCCCUCCAUCUAGCCCCGCCACCCCCCUAACCCCCUCCCCUGGUUUACCUUCUUCCCUCUCCUCCUCGUCUCUCACUCCCAUUUUGCCCCCCACCUCUCCUCGCCCAGCUGAGAACAGCCCCACCACCCUUUGCUCCUUCUUCCCCAGUAUGAGAUCCCUUCGCCUGGGUGUCUCUGGCACUCUUCUCCCAGGACCCAAGGCCUCAAACAGGUCACAGCAGACUCAGGCGCCCAUUGAGUCCCCUGGAGAUGACAGGAGCAACUCUAGCUCCUCCCCUCCUCUUCAUCAACCUAUUCCCAUCCUAACUGCUCCCUCUCCCCCUCCCCGACCUCCUCUGCAGGACAUGAACCGGCUCGGAGGGGCAUCCAGGAUGGCACGGGUAGAAGGAGGGCAGCUGGGAGGAGAUGAAUGGACGCGCCAUGGCUCCUUUGUCAACAAGCCAAUCCGUGGCUGGCUGCAUUCUGACAAUGUGGUCAGCACCACUGGUGUUUCCUAUAAUGUUCGGUACAUGGGUUGUGUAGAGGUGCUACAGUCAAUGAGAGCGCUGGACUUCAACACCAGAACUCAGGUCACCAGGGAGGCUAUCUCUGUCGUGUGCGAGGCGGUACCCGGAGCCAAAGGAGCCCGCAGGAGAAAGCCUGCCCCUCGCGGUCUGACGUCCAUCCUUGGAAAGAGCAACUUGCAGUUUGCAGGCAUGACCAUCAACCUCACCAUCUCGACCAGCAGCCUCAACCUGCUGGCUUCUGACUGCAAACAGAUUAUUGCCAAUCAUCACAUGCAGUCCAUCUCCUUCGCUUCGGGAGGAGACCCAGAUACAGCUGGGUACGUAGCAUAUGUGGCCAAAGAUCCAGUCAACCAGAGAGCGUGUCAUAUCCUGGAGUGCUCAGAGGGUUUAGCCCAGGAAGUCAUCAGCACCAUCGGCCAGGCCUUUGAGCUGCGGUUUAAACAGUACCUGAUGACCCCCCCCAAAGUGGUCACACCCCAUGAUAGAAUGGCACCGUUUGAUGGCUCUGCAUGGGAGGAAGAGGAUGAUGAGUCUGCUCCUCCACUGCCUCCUCCACCUGAUGUCCCCUACUAUAAUAAUUUCCCUGGAAAACAGCCUCCCCCUGGUGGACUGAUUGACAUGAGGACCCGCCCAGGACCAACACUGCCCUACGGACAGCCAGGUCAGAGCGACAUUUACAAGCAGCCCCUGCCUCCUCUACCAGUGGGUGCCAAAGAAGGGGCCCGAGAGCUGUUCGACGACCCCUCGUACGUCAACGUGGAUAAACCGCGUCUCCCAGUUGCAGCAAAUGGAAAUGCUCACAGAGAUGCUUUUGACAUGAAGCCGCUUGACGAUGCCUUGGGGGUGUCUGGACACAGUGGCCAAAGCGCAGCCGCUAUGGUGCAACAGCUGCAGAACGAAAUCUGGUUCCACGGUAGCUUAAGUCGCAAAGAAUCAGAGAGGCUGUUGACCCGAGACGGAGACUUCCUGGUGCGAGAGUCUGGGACCACGCCCGGACAGUAUGUCCUCACGGGACAGCAGGGAGGUCAGCCCAAACACCUGCUGCUGGUCGACCCAGAGGGAGUGGUGCGCACAAAGGACCAUCGGUUUGGAAGCGUCAGUCACCUGAUCAGUUACCACAUGGACAACAGACUGCCCAUCGUGUCAGCUGGGAGUGAAGUGUUUCUGCAACAGCCAGUGGAGCGCAGAGCCUAAAGCUACACACACCAAUAAAAUACUCCACCAAAAAUAGACACACUCGCACUGCAAAUACACACGUUCAUCUUGUUUUAAAUUCACACACACACACACACACAGCAACACUACAUGUGCCACUCCUACGAAACUUUAUAUAUGACCACACACAAGC